AUGUGGCUACUGGAGAAGAUCAGAGGGUCAGUGGAGAAUGGAGGAGCUCGAGCAAACGAGGGCGGGGAUAAGCAAUCCAAGGGCCCCUUGUACAGCAACGUCCUGACCCCUGAUAAGAUCCCCGAUUUCUUCAUCCCCCCGAAGCUCCCCACAAUGCCUCCAGAGGCAGAGGGGGCAGAAGCAAAGGCCAAGCCUAACCUGGGCACCUCGGCCUCAGAGCAGAACCUCUCAAGCCGCAAGCCCCAGCGCAGCCCCCGGCUGCCGGUGAAGACCGUCUCGGAGAGCAAGAAUCUCCUGAAGGCCGCCAGUCGGCACAUCAUUCAGAUCGAGAGCGCCGACGAGUGGAUGUCGGAGGAGGACUUCAGCACCAACGCAGACCCCCAGUCGCAGACGGCCAUGUCGUUGCCCUACGUGCCCAAAGCCCAGACCUCGUAUGGUUUUGCGACGCUCAUGGAGAGCCCUCACACGCGGCGCAAGGAGUCUCUCUUCCACAGCGAGCACACCAGCCUGUGCACGUCCCAGUCCUCCUCGCCCAGCUCCCAGAGGAAGUCCGGUGGGAGCAAGACAAAUGGAGAGAGUGCCCAUCUGAACCCUUCGGAUAUCAACAUGUCCCUCAUGAACCCUUACCGCUACUUCAGCGGCGGGGAGAGCGACACCUGCUCGUCCGCCGAAUCGUCCCCCUUCGGCUCGCCGUUGCUCUCGAGGUCGGUGUCUCUCCUCAAGAUCUUCAGCCAGGAGAGCCAGUCAAAGGUUAUCAAGCUGAAACAUUCGGUAGCCCGAAACAGCUCCCUCUCCACAGACGACAGUUCUGCUGACACCAGCCCUAGCUCGCAGCGGCGCAUGCGUUGCGCCGUCUCGCCAACUGGGGGUGCCGCCGGUGGCAUGCAACAGGCGCCGGUGGCCCCUGCCGACCCCCAAAACCGACUCCACAAAGAACACACCAUCAACUUGAGCAAAGGAGGCAGCAUGCGCCUGGUGGUGGAGUAUGACCCUUCCAACGCUCGCUUGCGGAUACGCGUCAUCACCGCCGAAGACCUCUACGACAAGCACUGCGACGCACGGAGCAUUAACUGCUGCGUGGCUCUCUACCUGAACCCGGGCAAGCUGCAGAAGCAACGGAGCACCAUCAUCAAGAACAGCCGCAACCCCGUCUUCAACGAGGAUUUUUUCUUCGACGGCCUGGGGGCCAGGAACGUCAAAAAAAUGUCCCUCAAAGUCAAAGUGGUGAACAAAGGCAGCAGCCUCAAGAGGGACACACUGAUGGGCGAGAAGGAGCUCCGCCUCACCUCCUUACUCCCAUCCUUAUAA